AUGGCAGAUAAAGAUAAAAAGGAAAGAUCACAGUUGUGGUUAUUAAAGAAUGCAUUCAACACUGAUGUAGAGUUUACACAAAAAGAGAUGGGUACCAACGUUCAUUGGAUUCGUCAAAUAUUAGGAUUGAUUUUGGGUGUUGCUGCUGGUUUAUUGCCAUUGACUGGUAUCGUUGGUCUUGCUGUCUUUUUCGUUGUCAAUGCUGGUUUCACUACAAUCUACUACUCCAAGUUUCUAGAGGUUGAAGAUUCAGAUGUAAAAUGGGAGUUGUUCCAAGAGGGUUUCGUAGCUUCUUUUGCAACUUAUUUGGUAUAUAUGGAUGGUAUUCAACAACAACAACAACAACAACAACAAAGGGGAUCAAUUGGUCAACAUCAACAACAGCAACAACAACAACAUAUUUAUUCAAGGGAUAUUGAUCAAGAUGAUAAUAAUAGUGGUGGUAGCGGUAGUAGUACUAAUAUGUUAAAAAGGAAGUCAUUCCAUUUGUCUCCCAGUCCAAUGACUGCGGUAGCUUCUUCAAAUAGUAAUGAACAACAACAACAACAAAGUGGCAGUGGUACAACAACAACAACAACAACAACAAAUGUGUCAAUGACAAGAUCAAAAGAUACACAAUUCAAAGUUCCACAAGAAAGAAGACCAACUCCUCAAAAAGAAAACCAAAAUACUGGACGUACAUCAAAUAAUGGUAACAAGGAACAACAACAACAACAACAACAACAUCAAGUAUCACCAACAAAUAAUAAUAAUAAUACAGCUACUAUUAGUCAACAAUUGGAUAUAAUGAAAAGUUUAGAGUUUAAAAGAGAUAUUGUCUAUUUGAAUAACCAAUUAAAAGAACAACAUGAACACUUGAAAAAGAUAUCAUUUAAUUUCUCAAUCAUGCAAACAAGAUUAAAGAACCAAUUGAACUCAUCGACUCUGUCAGAGAUAAAGACUGUACAUUCCAAUCUCCAACAAAUCUGUCAAUCUCGUUACUCUAAUGAUCAAAGAAAUAAUAAUAAUUAA